AUAUAUAUAUAUAUACGUACAUAAUACAUAUGUAUAUAUAAUUUAUAUAAAAUAUAUAUAAAAUUUGUACGAAUAAAUUAUUGUGUAUUAACUCAUAAAAUGUCAAUGAAAACUAUUAAAUGAUUCUCCAGAGGAAACAGUUUCAUAGGAUCAUUAAUUGAGAAAAACAUUAUUUACAAAUAAUAUACACAUAAAGAAUUAAAUUUGUAUAUUUAUAAAGACAUCAUUAUAAUAUGGCGCCCAAAGACACAUACCUCUUUUUUUCUGCCUCUUAUCGCGAUUCUAGAUACUUCCCCUGUGUUGCAAAAUUCGAUACUUCUUUUUAUUAUACUUCAAAUUAAAGUCGUUUAAAUAUUGUUUCAAUCAAGUAUCGAUGUUGACAAAUUCAUUCGUAAGUCUUAACGAUACAGAAAGUUUGGUAUGUUAAUCUACCAAAAUGACGAGCAAGUUUAGAGUUACAAACCUGUUUAGAGUUACAAAUGAUUAAAUAUAGAUUCACAGAAUCAAUUGCUACACCUAAUACAUAAAACAUGUAGCAAUAUAUAGAAACAAAACCGCAUUGCAAAAGACCUUGCGGUUUUUCCGAAACAAAAAUUCGAAAAAUCAUGCCUCUGGACGGGAAUUCCCCCUCGAUACCAAAAAAUAAACAUCACAGAGAAUAAUCGCACGCGAUUCUGGCGAUCGAAACGUAACACGUCCCAGCUUCCACCCGGGAAACUUGAACGGGAAUCGACUCGUCAACAAACAAUCGUAUUCGAACUCGAAGAUGCGAAGACGAUUAAACGCGCGACACUUUAUAAUUGCGUACUUGCGUCCCGUUUCCAAUAUGGCGGACAUCUUAAAGAUGCGCGCGAAAAAAAAAAGGGAGCCGUAGGAAGCGGUUCCCGAUCGAUGAGAAUUCACGGCGGUCGAGCCCGAGUCGAACGUGAUCAGGUCGGUUAGUAAUUCCUUAGCGAACGAGAGACCCCGGGAACGCGCACGCGAUAGCAACACGAAACACGGCACGGAUAAUAUACGUUGACGACCGGCAGCGCCGUCGCACAUGCGCGUCCUGACGCGCCCCUGUUCGUCCACCGAUUUCGAUUUUAGUCACUCCCGGGUUCGGCUUCGGGGAAAAUCGUUCCGCUACUCGUAGACGAGGACCGUCAAAACGCGUCGUGAGAAAAAACGUUCCGUUCUUAAGCGGCGACUGCUCUCUCCGAUCGAGGAUAAAUAAACGCGUUUCCACUCGUCGUUAUUCGCGUUCGGCGAUCUCUCAGGCUCGUGAUGAGUAAUCUCGUACGUCGGAGACGCACCACGAUAGAGAAAAGUACGAAAAUUUAGGCGAUUCCAGUGUCGUUGAUAGACGAACGACCGAAUCUGUUACCGGUAGUUGUGGAACGUUAUGCACACUGGGAUACGCGAUAGGAAUACAGUGUUUGGUUUCGUGUCCGGCUGUUUGUCGAGAGUAACCGAACCCAGGUAGAGACCGGUGGCCAAUUCCUACGUGAAUUUCGAAUAUCACUCCGAGAAAUCCGCUCUCGUCGAAGGGUCGAUCAAUUGUCCGCUCGUGGUUUGUCGGAACAACGGCUCUCUGUCGGGAGACACUGUACGAAAAACGAACCGGUUCGUAGCCGCGAAUCGAAAGACUGUAUCGAGUUAAGUGACACACCGUGAGAGAGAACAAAGAGAGAGGAACAGAGAAACGGAACGUAAAAGACAAGAGGUACAGUAGAGAACGACGACGUAUCUGUGGCGUGUGCCACUCGAUAUCGUGCUCGGUCGCAACGGUUGCCAUUUUAUAGCCGGUCGCUCGACCGAGAUCUUCGGGGAGGCACGAAGGAGAGGGAGUGACUGAAGAGUACAGUCUGCAGAAGAAACGGAAAACACUAUCGGCGUAAGAUCCGACUAUAAAGCAACGCGACAGAGACGAAGCACGACGGCCGCGACGGCGGGUCGGCUUGUACUGGUGGCCUGCAAGGACACCUUGAAACUGACUACCCGCCAUUUCCUGAAGGAGAAACGUGCCAAAGGUCGAGACAGGAUCGCGUCUGCCAGUGAAGAUACCGUGGAGGGUGUCAGAUUCGAGGACGUCACGAUGAAGCAGGAACCAGAAGACGAGGAGGACUGCUACUUCGAGGGAGGGGAUAUGCCGUCACCCUCGUCGUCACCGUCGUCAGUCAGCCGUCAUGGGGGAGCCACGCCACGCGUUCGUUCCCAUGCACGUAGCCUUCGAGCUAUGACCAAUCCUAGCGCGGUUUGGGCACACUUCGACUUGUGCGCAAAUGAUCCUUUGCGUGCACAAUGCCGUAUCUGCGGGGCGGUCGUAGUCAGAGGUGGCGCGAACCCACGACAGUGCGGUACGACGAACCUUCAUCGGCAUCUUAGGGUACAUCACGGUGGCAGACUCAUUGGCAGUCGUUAUCACGUAUUACAAUCACCAUCUCAGUCUAAUACAGGUGGGAAGACCAUUAGGAUAGCUGCACAGUCCCUGGUGAGACCUCACAUUCGGAACAUUGCGCCAGCUCCUUCUUCACAACAACAACAGCAGCAACAGCAACGCCAACCAAAGACUCUUGUGUUAAAAACGAUACCUCUAAAAGUAAAGCAAGUCGCACCAACAACUAUUAAAAUGCCUCCUCGGCAAGCCAGCCAAUCGUUACCUCAUAAUAUCGUACAUCAACAACCUACAGAGGUUUGUCUAAGAUGGAACAGUUAUCACAGUAACAUGCAAAACAGUUUUCCAUCUUUGUUAGAUUCCGAGCAGUUUGUUGACGUUACCUUGGCCUGUGAAGGCCGUUCGUUAAAAUGUCACAAAAUGAUAUUGUCGUCGUGUAGUGAUUACCUCGCGGAGUUGUUACGUGAAAAUCCAUGUCAGCAUCCAAUUAUUUUAAUGAAGGACCUUAAAUUCUGGGAAGUCGAAGCGCUAGUCAAAUUUAUGUACCGUGGCGAAGUUAACGUUCCUCACGAUAAAUUGCCGCAACUGUUAAAUGCGGCUGAAGCGUUGCAAGUGAAAGGAUUAGCUGGGCCCAAUCCUUCUUCGCAGAAUCCAAAGCCGCCACUGCUUAUUCCGCAGUCGAAACCAUUAGUAACUCAACCAGUAGUUCCUCGAGCCACUUCAGAGACCAAAGAAAAAGCUUCCACUUCCGGAGUUACUACACCAUCUAGUCCGAAACGUGCGCAAAAGCGACAACAUUCAGACCCCAUCGAACCAAAACCCUUUACAAAGAUACGCUUACAACGACCAGUCACACCAACAUCGCCUACUAUUGCAGUUAAGAUGGAACCGUUAGAUAUACCUCUUAGCCCUACGAUAUUUUCUGAAAAUAACGAGGACAGUUCGACUCCCUCAAAUUUCGACAAGCUAAUGAGUUUACACGAAGAUGACGAUCCAGGUGGCAAUGAAACCACAGACGGCGAAAGGGAAAUUUUCUGCGAAAUUCCUGAACCACCUGAUAUAAAUGAUAGUGAAGAUCAAAUGGAAUUUGUACCUACAGACUUUUUAGACCAAGAACAAGAUAUAGUCGAGGAAACGGAAACUGCCUCAAAUAAAGAUAGUAAAGAAGAAUCCAGAGAUUAUAGUUCGAUUGAGAUUGAAGAUGGUGAAAAAUGUGAAGUUGAAAAGGAACAAUCUUCAAAAGAAAAGAAACCUGUUUAGUAAGAUGAUCAUUCAAUGAAUCUGAAAGAAAUUUAUUUAAUAUUGGAGCGUUUGAUGAAAGGCGAGAACGAACAUAACAAUGUCGAUGCUUUAAUUUUUUUUUAAGGAUUAUUAAGGUAAUGCAGUAUACAUACACAUGGUAUACACAACUUUUGUGAUAUUGUUAUGUGUAAACUAUUAUUACCAAUUAUUUUUUGUAUGUAUGUUGUUUUAAUUUUAUUUGUUUCCGAUCGGUUGAAACAUAGAAUACAAUACAUAGUGAAUUGAAACUCUAUGUUAUAAUUUGUUCUCAGAAAAGUAUGACAAAUAUUUCGUUGACUGUGUAAAUAGAGUAUACGUAAUUAAACAGUAAAAUUAUUUUUACCAUUUACUGUGCGAAUCGUAGCGGUAAUAUAUAUCUUUCGAAUGUCUUCAUAAAGUUCACUGUUCGAAAUUAAUAUUUCCAUAUGAAUCAUUACGUCAUUACGAUUCAAAUGGGAAUUAUUAAAUUAUACAAAAUGAUUCAUUGUAUAUAUUUGUUAUAUACAAAGUACCUAUAACCAGGUUUAUUGUGUGACUCGAGAAGCUUCUACAUGAUAUAUGACUUCUCCUAUUUUAAUUAUAAUUUUUUUUAACAAAUCGAACUACUCCUCCAUAUUGCUCUAAUCUUAUUAUUCAAAGAUAGAUUUGGAUGUUAAAUAUGGCUAAUCAAGUUUAACAAUGUGACUUUUAAUUUAAAUUAUUAAUUUGUCUCGUUUUUUAAAAGAAAAGUUAAUGUACCUGUUGAAUUACUAUCAGUUCUUGCAGUAUAAUUUAUCAAGACCCAGUACAAAAUUAGUAAUUGUGAAUCAUGUUAAACAACUUCCAAUAAUCUUUAUUUCAUAAUUUGUGCUGUGUAAAAGAUUGUUUAUUCUGGCAUUAUAUUCCUUCUAUAUACAUAUGCAUAUUACAAGCUAAGUAGAUGUCUGAUUUCGCUAAUAAAUCGAUGAAAAAGCAAUGCAUUUAUACGUUAGUCAUACGUAACCAUUCAUUAUUAUUAGAUAAGAUUGCCAAAUCGAUCCGUUGAAACGUAAAUUGAGGAUUCAUAAUCAUCGUACUUUUUAUUGUUAUUCCAAUUUUAGGUUUUUAGAUUAUUCUAUAAAUUUUAUUUUUAGAAAAAAUCUGCACAGAAUUUUCUGUUUAAUAUUGUAAGUACGCAUUAUAUUGAAGUAAUUAUGUAUAUGAUACAUACUAAAUCGAAGAUAUCUGCGAAAUUAUGUUUAAUGUAAAAAUACGUGCAUGAUUGGGCAGUAUGUGUAAAUUGUAACAUGUGAAAUUAUGUCUUAUAAAUAAAUUGCUAUAACAAUGUGUAGCAAAAUUAUUACUUGUAUUCUUCAAUACA